AUGGCUAUCUGGACUCCCACCUUCACACCCCCAUGUACUAUUUCCUGCUUGGACAUUUGCAACUUAUCUGUCACUGUCCCCAAGUUCCUGGCAAACUCCUUGAGCCAGAAACCAGCCAUUUCAUACAACCAGUGCAUGGCCCAGAUGUUCUUCCUGAUGAUGUUUGCAGGAUCAGAGAGUGCCUUGCUGGCCAUCAUGGCCUAUGACUGCUAUGCUGCCAUUUGCCAACCACUGCACUACGGGAAUCUCACGAGCAGCCAGGUCCGUGUCCCUCUGGCCAUUUUUUCAUGGCUCUGGGGCUUAGUGGACUCAGCCAUUCACACUGCCCUGACUACUGAUCUGUCCUUCUGUGGGGCCAACCAGAUUGACCACAUAUUCUGUGAUGUUCCACCACUCCUCAAAAUUGCCUGCAGCGACACCUACGUCAAUGAGAUGGCCCUUCACACAGCCAGCAUCUUAUUGGGCUUGAGUCCAUUCCUGCGUGUCGUCGUCUCUUACGUCUACAUCCUGUCUGCCAUCUUGCGGAUUCGCUCUAACACUGGCCGGCGCAAGGCCUUUUCCACGUGUGGUUCCCACGUGGCAGUGGUAGUAAUCCACUAAGGGAUGGGCAAUGUGAACUACAACCACACCAGUGCUGGCUACUCCUUGGAGAUCGACACCCUGAUCUCCACACUCUAUUAUUGUGUCGUCACACCAGGCUUCCGCAACAAGGAGAUGAAGAAGGCCUUGUGGAAGGUGCUGGGGCUGCAGAGUAAGGAAUACACUUCCCCAGCCAAGCAGUGA